UUUUUUAGGAAAUCAAUGUAAACAUCUAAAAUUAAUUUGUUCGAAGCUAUUAAUACAUAUUUAAAUGGCAAUUUAGGCGCACAGAUAUAUAAACAGUUAAAAUGGAUGGCACAGCCCCAGUAUCAUCAUGCCUCCUGUGUCUGGCAGAAAAUACACAGGCGCCAAACGACUUUCUGGACGUGCAGAUUAAUCAUGUUAAUAUGAUAAACCUACAUUUACCCAUGCAGCUAACACAAGUGAGCGGCGAAAUUCGCAAAGUUUGCAUUGUUUGCUGGAAGGUUGUUUGCGACUUCCAUAAGCUGCACGAGUUUGUCAGCGCCACACAAACAUCGCUGCGGGAGACAAAGGUGAUAGUGAUGGAGGAUGACCCGCUUACACAGGGAAACUUUAGUGAAGCGCCCAAGCAGCAAGAUGCUGAUAUUAUAGUGCAAGAGCAGGCUGAUCAAAAUGAGGACAAUUUCUUUUAUCCGGAGGUUAAGAUAGAGGAGCGUGAACUUGACCAAUUGCCUAAAAUUGAAGUGCUCGAAACUGAGACUUCACAGGCUAGAAGGCUACGCAAACGCACUAAGGUCGAAUCGGAAGAAGAGACACCCAACUCCAGCCUAGACAUCAGCGAGAUUAUUGAAUUUGAAGUUACCAUUGCCUCAGAUACGCCCAAGAAACGUCGCGGACGACCACGCAAAACCGAAGUGCCUAAGGAUGCGUCGGAGGAUUCGCCAGGUGAUGAUUCUUUAGAUUUGGAUGAAAGCCUUAAAGCGGAAACCGCCACUGAGUUAGAUGACGAUCAGGAAUUCUCUGGCAAUCUGGAUGAUUUUUUUACGCACAGCGACGAUAGCAGUGAAGAUAGCUCCGAAACAGAUGAUGAUUCGGACUAUGAGCUGAACAAGCCUGAGGGCGAGUUUGCUGUUAUACCCAAACGAACUUCUGUGCGACCUAAGAAGUAUAAAAAGCGCACAAAGCCCGCUGAGCCUAAGGUGCGUAUGUCACGCGAGCUGCUGGAUCAGCGAAAGAAACAACAAGAAGAGUGGGAUAGCGUCAUAGCAAAGUUCUUCAACGAUGCGCUGCCCUGCUCCAUUUGCAAUUUAUUGGUGCAUAACUUUACGGAAAUGCAGCGCCAUCACCGAUUGACCCAUCAAGUGGAUCCAGGCUAUAUGAUUUGUUGCGGCAGAAAGUUCACACAGCGCAAAGUGCUGGCGGAGCAUGUGCUAGUGCACUGGAAUCCAGAUCACUUUAAGUGCAUUACCUGCAAUAAAUCAUUCCAGAACUCGCGCCACUUGGAAUCCCAUCAGCAAGUGCACACAGCUAAAGUAACCUUCAGCUGCGAUAUAUGCUCCAAAGUGUUCCUCAGCAAGACAGCCAUUGACUAUCACAAACUAAACAAACAUGUGCCCAAGUCAGAGUUCAAAUUCAGCUGUACGGAGUGCAAUAAAAGAUUCCUAACGGAGCGCAAGCUGAAAAAUCACAUGAAUUCCAUGCACGAUCCCGAGAGCAUUAUCAUAUGUGACAAAUGCGGCAAGCAAAUGCGUACUAAAAUCAUACUAAAGAAACAUCAAGAAUUAAUGCACUCCAACACGCCGCGGCCCGAACCUGAGCUCAAACAAUGCCAAAUCUGCAAUGCAUGGCUGAAGGGCGUCACGGGUCUCAAGCAGCAUAUGAAGAGCAUACACAUAGAGAGCGCUGGCGAGCAUCGUUGCCAUGUCUGUGGCAAAAUUUCGCCCAAUGCGCGCGCACUGCGACGUCAUAUCUAUCACAAUCAUGAAUGCGAGCGAAAAUUCAAAUGUACCAUGUGUGACAAGGCGUUCAAGCGGCCGCAAGAACUAAAGGAGCACACUUCCACGCACACUGGUGAGGUACUCUACACCUGUCCCAACUGCCCUAUGACGUUCUUCUGCAGCGCCAAUAUGUAUAAGCAUAGACAGCGCUUGCAUCGCGCACAGUACGAGGCGGAUAAGAAUCAGCCCAAGCCACCCAACAUAUUGCAGGCGGCGGUGGGUGCCACGGCGGCCAUGAAGAUCAAACUUAUGCAAAACUCCAAUGCAACAAGCAUAGAAGCGGACUUGAAGCAUUUCUAGAUCGUAGUGUAUGUUUAAGUGUUUAAAAUUUAAUAUAUAUCAUAAUAGUUUAUAGUUUUGUAAAGCUAAGCUAAAA